AUGGCUUAUAAUGAUAAUAUAAGUUUGAAAAAUGAAGAAACAAAUGAAGAAAUUUAUAUGUAUUGUAACAAAAAUAACACUUUAUUAAAUAAUUUUUCAAAUUUAAAAAAAUGCCAAACUAAAAAUUUUAAUAUUGGCAAAUAUCUUGAAGAAGAUAAAUUAAAAUUAAACGAAAAAAAUAUUUUUAGAAAAAAAUAUAAUAAUAAAAUAACUAAUAAUAUUAAAUGCACAAGAGAUGAAGAUUAUAAUAAAGAUAGAAGUCAGAGUAUCUCAAGAAAUGAUGAAAAUAAAUACAAUAUAAAAAAAUUUGUAAAUUUGAAAACACAAGAAUCUAUUACAAAUGGAAUUAUAACAAGUAGAUUUUUAAAUAGAAGUAAUACACCAAAAAGAAGUAGGAAUAUCGUUGAAACAAAUGUAAAAAAAAAUAAUUUAAAAAUAGGAAUAAUAAAUGAAUAUAGAAAUAGUGAUGGAAAAAAUAUUAAAAUGGAUAAUAAGUAUAAUAAUGCAAGUAAUAAUUUAUUAUAUACCUAUAUGAAUAAUGAAGAUAUAUAUGAGAAUAAAAAUAUACAUGAUAAUCAUAUUUUGAAUUCUGACAUAACAACCAUAAAAAAUUCUGUAAAUAAUGCUUUUAAAAAUAAAAAUACUGAAAUUAAAUCAAAUGUUCUCAUCGAUCUUAAUAAAGUGCGAAAUUUUAAAUGUAAUAACAGUUUAGAUAAUAAUAUAAGUAACAAAAAUGAUUAUGAUGAUAAAUUAAAUAUAUCAAAUACAUAUAAAUGUGAUUCAUCAAAAAUAAUAGUUGGUAACGUUAAUAAUAACAUUACAAAUAACAGUUCUACAGAAAAUAUGUUUAAUAAAUUUAAUGAAAUUUUGAUUAAUGGUUAUCCACCUUACUACAGUAAAGAUAAUAUUGGAUUUCCAAAAAAAAAUAUAAAAAUAUCAUCUUGUAAUAAUUUUUUAUAUAAUGAUAAUAUUUUAAUGAACGAAAAAAAUUGUGAAAAUAAUAAUUAUCAUUUAUAUAAUAAUAUUACAAGUUCCUACAAUUUAAACAAUAAUAAAAGUGAACAAACAAAAAUUAUAUAUUCUGACUUAUAUAUUGAGACAAAUGAAAACAAGAAAAAUGAAUUAAAAUUACAUAAAGCUAAUACAGAUGGGUUAAAUAUGAAACAAAAAUUAAAAUGCAGUAAUUAUUGUAAUCAUUCAUUGCAUAAUAGUACUAUAAAUAAAAUAGAAUUUUUAGAAGAAAAUAUGAAAAAUAACAAAUAUAUUAAUAAAAAUUAUUUAAACUCUCAAAAAAAAUGUUGCACUAAUAAAAAUUUUUUUAAUAGCAAUAUUGACAAUAAUAAAUAUGCAUCACCUCUAUAUUACAAGGAAGAUGUAGAUCUUCCAAAUCAUUUUUAUACAGACAACAUUUUAGAGGAAAAAAUAACAAAUAUGAAUAAAAAUAAUUUAGAGAAUACCCAAGAUACAACUAUAAAUAAAAAAGAAAACUUUUUAAAUUAUAAAAGAAAUGCACAAUACAACACAAACAGUGAAGAAUAUAAAUUAUUAAAAGUUUAUAAUAACUCAAUUUAUAAUGAUAUGAAUGAUUAUUUGAAUAAUUCAAGAAAUAAAAGGGAAGUUAUUACUAGAAUGGAUAAUAUAAAUAAAUUUUGUGAAUACAAUAAUUGUGAGAAUAAAAAAGAUAUAAAAAAUUAUAAUAUUGAAUCUACAUUAUAUAAUGAAAAAGAUUUUAUGAAUAUAAACGAUGUUAAGAACAAUAUAAAUGAUAAUAAAGAAAAGAUUCAUUAUAUUACAAUUGAUUCAAAUAAAAAUAAUUGUUUAAAUGAAGAGAUAAUAAAAAAUAAUUCUUCUAUUAAUGAACAGAAUAAUAAUUAUUACAUAAAUGUAAAAAUGAAUGACAAAACAUUUAUUGCUUCUUAUGAUAAUACUAGUAAUAAAUGUAAACAAGCAGAUAUUUUUAAAAAUGAAAACAAUAAAAAAUAUUUUAUCGAUUCAUCACAUGUAUUAUUAAAUGAAAAUAUAUCAAAUGAUAACGUGAUUUGUAUAAAUUCUCUUUUAAACAAGGAAAUAAAUAAUAAUAAUUAUUUAAAAAUAUCAUCAAAAUUAGAUGAAAAAAGUAAUAAUAUUACAAAAAAAAUAAACACGGAUAAUAAUUCUGAUAAAAUUUUUGAUGAAAAAAACCUAGAACGAAAUCAUACAUCAUCUAGUGUAUCAACAUAUUUAUCUUUAAAUAGUAAUAAGGUAAUUAAAGUAAAUAAUGACAAAAUUAGCAAAUGGAAUAAAAAUGCAAAUUCUAUAAACUUAAAAAAUAUGAAUGAAGUAAAUUAUGAAAAGGAAGAUGAAUUAAAACAUAAAAUAAUUAAUAAGAUUAUAGAUGAUGAUAAUAAAUAUAAUGAAUCAAAUAAUUAUAUGUUUAGUGAAGAUACAUAUUUUCCACCUGAAAAUGCUGUAAAAGGUUCAUUAAAUAGUUGUUUACGUGAUAAUUAUUAUUCUUAUGUUAAAAUUUUAAAAGAAGAAAAAUUAUUAGAUAAUAAUAAAAAAUUCCAUAUUUUGUUGCAUCAAAAUAAUGCAACUAAUAAUUUUAUUAUGAAUAACGAAAACAAAGAAAAUGCUAAUUCAUUAAAUAUGAAUACUAUUAAUAUUCCUUUGCAUAGGGAUAAUUCAACACAUGAUAUAUUUAAUAAAAAGUUUUUGUUAAACAAAAAUAUUAUUACUACUACUAAUAUAUUGAAUAACAAAAUAAUUAAUAAUAGUAAUAUAUCACAUACUUAUUCUAUAAAUAAAAGUUUACAAAAUAAUAAUAAAAAAUUAUCAAAUACAUGUAUAUUAAAUAGUACUGUGAGUAAUGGUGCUAAUUCAUUAAAUAAAAAUAAUAUUCCCGAAACUACUAAUAAUUUUCUAAGUAACAAUUUAUCAAAUAAAGAUUCCUUUAAUUCAAUGUAUAUGUUAAAUAGAAAAAUGAUGAAUAAUAAUACAUUAUGUAAUAAUAACAAAAUUACCUUAAAAACAUUAAAAAAUGAAAAUAAAAAUUAUUUAUCUAAAACAGUACUAUUAAAUUUAAAUAGAAUAAAUAGUAACAAUGAAAGAAAAGGACUAGAGUCAUGUAAAUCAUUUGAUAAUAGUAAAAUAUGUAAUUACUUAAGAAAUAUUGAUACGAAAAGUUUAACAAAAUUUCAUCGCACUGCUUCCCUUAGAAAUCAUAAUUUAAGAAAAAAAAAGUUAGAUACAGAAAUGCAUGAGCAUAUAAAUAAUUUCAAAGAAGAAAACUUUGAAAUAGACACAAAAUAUAUUGUAAAAAAAGCAGUAGUUAUUGGUUGUAAUUAUGUAAAUGAAGAAGAAACAAGACUUUACGGAUGCGCAAAUGAUGCUUAUGUUUUUUGCAGAGCUUUGGUAAAAUAUUUUGAUUUUGCACCCGAAAAUAUUUUAUUAUUAACAGAUAGCUUGCCAUCAAAUGCUUACAUAUAUGAUGAUUUUGAUAUAAAUAGAAUGAAGUAUAUAAAAGAAGCAAAUAAUAGUUCCAUUGAUGAUGGAAAAGAUGUGAAAAGAAAUAUUUUCAAACUAUUUAAUAAAAGUGGGAUGUAUAAUCAAAAUAAAAAAAACGUAGAGAUUAAUUUAUGUAAUUCAUGUAAAAACUUUGAUAUAAAAAAUGUUGAUAUAUCAUCUCAAAAUAUUAAUCUAAACUUAUGGCCAACAAGAAUAAAUAUAUUAAAAGCAGUAAAUUGGCUAGUUAGAGAUUCCGUUCCAUUUGGUUCUUAUGUUUUUUAUUUUGCUGGAAAAAGUGUUCAGGUAGAUAAUAUGAGUGGAUGGGAAGGAGAAGGAUAUGAUGAAGCAUUUUUAUGUUCUGACCCAUUUAAUAAAAAUUAUGAACAUAAUGUAAUAACAGCUGUUCAAUUAAAAGAUUUAUUAUUAAGUAUAAACUCAAAUUCUCAGAUGACUAUAAUUUUAGAUUGUUCAGGUGGGCAGACCAUAUUAGAUCCUGCGGGAACGGAAAAUUCAUGGUCAUAUAUAAAAGGAUGUAAGCAAAAAGGUAUAUGGCCAAUUACUAAUCCUACCGAUAAAGUGCAUAAAGCUGUUUAUGAUAUAACUAUAUUGAAUAAUAGUACUAUGAAAAAAUAUUUUUGCAAAUCAAGAUUUUCCGAAUUAAUAGAGGUUGAAUCAACUGCUGCUAUGAUUGAUCCCUUAUUACAAUCUAUUUCUUCAUUACCCAUUGCCCCCAAAGCUUAUUGUUUGUGUGCAGCGACAUGGGAGCAAAUUUCAAUAGAAGGAUUGUUUCCUAUUAUUGAAUUUGCAAGAGUAAAACAGCUAAAAAAAACUAACAAUUAUGAUAAUGAUAACAAAAAUAAAAGUACAAAAAAAAAAAGAGAAAAAAAAAAAAACAGCCAAAAAAUAUUAUCAAAUGAGGAAGGAUUAAAGAAAAAAAAAAGUUUCUACGAGAAAAAUUUUAAUUUCUCAUUAAGUAUGAUGAGAAAAUUUUUUAAUAAUAACAAAAACGAUUCUAUGGAAAAUAAAAAUGUAAAAAAGUUUGAAGAAAAAGAUAAAUCUAAGAAAUUAUACUCUGAUAAUAGCUAUAAUGAUUUGAAGGAUUCUAUAUAUAGUGGUAGUGAUAAUAAUAGUGAUAUGUCUGUUAACACAGACGAUAGUGAAGAAAAUACUGGUGAGGAUAAAGAUGAUAAUUAUAUUCUUGUUAGCCAUGGUGUAUUUACAUACUGCUUCAUUGAAGCAAUUAUGGAGUUUAAAGAAAAAGAAUUAAAAAAUAACAUUUUUGAAAAAAAUAACCAAAAAUUUUUACCAAUGACUUUAAAAAAUUUAAUUAACCUUAUCCAAGAAAAAAUACAAUAUGUAAAAAAUAAUAAAUUAAAAAAAUUAAAUCAAAAACCAGAAUUUACUAUACAUCCAGGGGCCAAUGCUACUAUUAAUAAUUAUUUUGUUCAUUAUUCAAAAAAUAUACAUUUUCAAAAUAAUAAAUACAAUUUUAUUAAUUCCGAUUUAUAUCCUUUUUUAAAUGUUAAUAAAGCUUGGGAGGAGAUUAAUAAAAAUACUCUUAGAAAUAGAAAAUCAUUAUCAUUAAAUUCGACAUUAAUAAAUACUGCAUCUUCUAAAUAUUUUACAGAACAAAAUGAUCAAAUUAAAAAUUCCUAUAAUUUAAAAUAUUAA